UUAUGGCAAACCAAAAAUCACCUGAUAUAUGAGCAAUGCUGAGUAUUCAAUACACAAAAUUUCGGGUAUAUGGCGAAUGCUGAGUAUUGAUAUUACGGAGAAUUCAAGAGACACUCUUCAAGAAUAUAUCAUAAACCAAGAUCUAUCGGAGCCAUUCAUCUAUAAUUUUGAUAGCAUAUUGAUCGCAACGAACAAUUUCAACAUCACAAACAAACUCUGGGAAGGAGGAUUUGGUCCAGUUUACAAGGUACCCUACGAGAAUGGAAGGAAAUAGCAGUAAAAGGACUAUCUAGUAGCUCAGGGAAAGGCAUAGAAGAGUUCAAAAAUGAGACGUUGUUGAUCUCCAAGCUCCAACAUAAAAAUCUUUCUAGGAUCAUGGGCUGAUGCGUCAAAGAAGAUGAGAAGAUACUGAUUUAUGAGUUCAUGCCAAACAGAAGCUUGGACACUCUUCUAUUUGAUCCAGCGCGGAGACCUGAGCUUGAUUGGGGCAGACGCUUCAAUAUUAUUCAGAGAGGGCUUCUUUAUCUCCACCGUGAUUCUUAUUUGAAAGUAAUACAUAGAGAUUUGAAGGUCAGUAAUAUUCUCUUGGAUGAGCAAAUGAACCCAAAAAUUUCAGCUUUUGGAUUGGCACGUAUCAUUCAAGGGACACAGAAUAUAACAAAUACUCAGAAGGUUGUGGGAACACUUGGCUAUAUGUCUCCGGAGUAUGCCAUGGGCGGGAUAUUUUCUGAAAAAUCUGAUGUCUAUAGCUUCGGAGUCUUGAUAUUGGAGAUUAUUAGCAGCAUGAAGAAUACCAGCUUCUAUUACUAUGAACAACAUCUAGGUUUCCUAGCUUAUGCAUGGCACUCAUGGAAUGAAGGCAGGGGAUUGGAGUUGGUUGAUGAAAUAUUGGCAGAUUCAUAUUCCUCAUCAUAAGUGAUGAGAUGUGUACACAUUGGGCUUCUUUGUGUACAAGACAAUGCUGCAGAUAGGCCAACCAUGCUAGAUGCAGUUUUCAUGCUAAGUAGCGAGACAGAUCGUUGACAACAUAAGCAGCCAAUAUUUACCUUCCAAAACUCAGUCUUUGAUCCCCAACCAGUCUGAAAUUAUUUUCUCAGCAUUACCUCUGGUUAUUCUGAAGUGUUCCU